GAAGUAAUCUGGAGGACGUGCGGUGCGCAUGCUCCCUGCCUUUGUGCGGCUGCUCCGCAGGUCGGUCUCGCGCUGACAGGAUGGAACUUUGAUCAGAACCGGGAUAAAAAUCUGCUGCUGUGACGUCACCAUGGCUCUGCAGGCUUUGGUUCUGUAUGACUUCACAGCUGAACCAGGGAACAACGAGCUGUCGGUCCGAGCAGGAGACACCGUCGCCGUGAUCGACCAGAGCGUAGGUGGAGGCUGGAUCGAAGCCCAGAACUCCAGCGGACACACUGGACUGGUUCCUGAAGGAUAUUUACAGAUCGGUAACGCUGGAGGAGGAGGUGGCGGAGAUUCGUGGUCAGGGGGCGGGGCUUAUGUCGGUAACACAGAGGGAUGGGACAGUCGAGGACAGCAACAGAACCAACAAGCGUCUCCACCCGGUGAGGAUGACGACGGCGAGUGGGACGACGACUGGGACGACCAAUCGUUGGGCGGUUACUAUGGUAACGAGCAGGCGGAGGGCGAAGGCGGGGCUUCAGGACGGAGUGCCCACGGCCCGUCCGUCAAAAUCUCCCUCAACAAGUUCCCGUUCUCCAAAGGUCCGAGUCCUGAAGUCUUCCUGUUAGCCAAACCACCAGCUAACAGCAGCAGGCUUCCUGUCUAUACGGGAGAGGUGGGUCCUGUGUGGCUCUACCCGGCAUCUCCUCUGGACUGUGUGAUCGCUGAUCCCAAAAAAGAGUCCAAACUGUACGGACUGAAGAGCUUCAUCGAGUACCAGGUUACACCCAGCACCACCAACAAACCUGUCAAUCAUCGCUAUAAGCACUUUGAUUGGCUGUACGAGCGUCUGCUGGAGAAAUUUGGCUCUCUGCUUCCCAUCCCGUCGCUACCUGACAAACAGGUCACAGGCAGGUUUGAGGAGGACUUCAUCCGGAUGAGGAUGGAGCGUCUGCAGGCCUGGAUGACCCGGAUGUGUCGCCACCCUGUCGUCUCUCAGAGCGACGUCUUCCAGCUCUUCCUCACCUACAAGGACGAGAAGGAGUGGAAGUCUGGGAAGAGGAAGGCGGAGAAAGACGAGACGGUGGGUCCCAUGAUGUUCAGUCUGGUGGAACCUGAAGCUGCAGAGCUGGAUGCUGCCCAGGUGGAGCAGAGGUGUGAGCAGUACAGCCGCUUCACUAAGUCCAUGGACGACGGAGUCAGAGAGCUGCUGAACGUCGGACACACCCACUGGAAACGCUGCACCGGACCGCUGCCUAAAGAGUACGAACGGAUCGGACGGGCCUUCAGAAACCUGUCGACUGUUUUCAGCAGCAGCAAAUAUCCAGGAGAGGAGACGUUGACUGACGCUCUGACAGCAGCUGGAAAAACUUACGAAGAGAUCGCACAGAUCGUCGCACAACAGCCUCAGAAGGACCUGUACUUCCUGCUGGAGACCAACAGUGAAUAUAAAGGACUGCUGGGAUGUUUCCCUGAGAUCAUCGCUGUACACAAGGCUGCAGUAGAGAAGGUGAAGGAAGCCGAUCGUUUGGUUUCUGCAGGAAAAAUCAGCAGCGGCGACAAAAGAAGCAUGAACCAGAGGAGCAGCAGUAUGAGCUACUCACUGCAGGCUGAGAUGAAUCAUUUCCAUAGCAACCGUAUCUACGACUACAACAGAGUGAUGCAGCUCUACCUGGAGCAGCAGGUGACCUUCUACCAGCAGAUCGCCGACAAGCUGAGAGGAGCUCUGAGCCAGUUCACCACACUGUGAGGAUGACAUCACUGAUGACAUCACUGAUGACAUCACUGAUGACGUUACUGCGGCCUGUCACACUUUUAACAAAAUAAAAGCUUUUUACACUUUUACACAUGAAUAUAUAUGUACACAUACUGUAUGUGAGAGUUUAAGUGUGUACUGUUAGCGGUACAUCUGUGUACUGUUAGCGGUACAUCUGUGUACUGUUAGCGGUACAUCUGUGUACUGUUAGCGGUACUUCUGUGUACUGUUAGCGGUACAUCUGUGUACUGUUAGCGGUACAUCUGUGUACUGUUAGCGGUACAUCUGUGUACUGUUAGCGGUCCAUCUGUGUACUGUUUGCAGUCCAUCUGUGUACUGUUAGCGGUACAUCUGUGUACUGUUAGCGGUACUUCUGUGUACUGUUAGCAGUAUUACUGUGUACUGUUAGCGGUACUUCUGUGUACUGUUAGCAGUAUUACUGUGUACUGUUAGCGGUACAUCUGUGUACUGUUAGCAGUACUUCUGUGUACUGUUAGCAGUAUUACUGUGUACUGUUAGCGGUACAUCUGUGUACUGUUAGCGGUACAUCUGUGUACUGUUAGCAGUACUUCUGUGUACUGUUAGCAGUAUUACUGUGUACUGUUAGCGGUACAUCUGUGUACUGUUAGCAGUACAUCUGUGUACUGUUAGCAGUAUUACUGUGUACUGUUAGCGGUACAUCUGUGUACUGUUAGCAGUACUUCUGUGUACUGUUAGCAGUAUUACUGUGUACUGUUAGCGGUACAUCUGUGUACUGUUAGCAGUAUUACUGUGUACUGUUAGCAGUACAUCUGUGUACUGUUUGCAGUAUUACUGUGUACUGUUAGCGGUACAUCUGUGUACUGUUAGCGGUACAUCUGUGUACUGUUAGCAGAAUUUCUGUGUACUGUUAGCAGUACUUCUGUGUACUGUUAGCGGUCCAUCUGUGUACUGUUAGCGGUACAUCUGUGUACUGUUUGCAGUCCAUCUGUGUACUGUUAGCGGUACAUCUGUGUACUGUUAGCGGUCCAUCUGUGUACUGUUAGCGGUACAUCUGUGUACUGUUAGCGGUACUUCUGUGUACUGUUAGCGGUACAUCUGUGUACUGUUAGCGGUCCAUCUGUGUACUGUUAGCGGUACAUCUGUGUACUGUUAGCGGUACUUCUGUGUACUGUUAGCGGUACAUCUGUGUACUGUUUAGCAGUACUUCUGUGUACUGUUAGCGGUACAUCUGUGUACUGUUAGCAGUACUUCUGUGUACUGUUAGCGGUACUUCUGUGUACUGUUAGCGGUACAUCUGUGUACUGUUAGCAGUACUUCUGUGUACUGUUUGCAGUAUUUCUGUGUACUGUUUGCAGUACAUCUGUGUACUGUUUGCAGUCCAUCUGUGUACUGUUAGCGGUACAUCUGUGUACUGUUAGCGGUCCAUCUGUGUACUGUUAGCGGUACUUCUGUGUACUGUUAGCGGUACAUCUGUGUACUGUUAGCAGUACUUCUGUGUACUGUUAGCAGUAUUACUGUGUACUGUUAGCGGUACAUCUGUGUACUGUUAGCAGUACUUCUGUGUACUGUUAGCAGUAUUACUGUGUACUGUUAGCAGUACAUCUGUGUACUGUUUGCAGUAUUACUGUGUACUGUUAGCAGUACAUCUGUGUACUGUUAGCGGUACAUCUGUGUACUGUUAGCGGUACAUCUGUGUACUGUUAGCAGUACUUCUGUGUACUGUUAGCAGUAUUACUGUGUACUGUUAGCGGUACAUCUGUGUACUGUUAACAGUACUUCUGUGUACUGUUAGCAGUACUUCUGUGUACUGUUAGCAGUACUUCUGUGUACUGUUAGCAGUAUUACUGUGUACUGUUAGCGGUACAUCUGUGUACUGUUAGCAGUAUUACUGUGUACUGUUAGCAGUACAUCUGUGUACUGUUAGCAGUACAUCUGUGUACUGUUUGCAGUAUUACUGUGUACUGUUAGCGGUACAUCUGUGUACUGUUAGCGGUACAUCUGUGUACUGUUAGCAGAAUUUCUGUGUACUGUUAGCAGUACUUCUGUGUACUGUUUGCAGUAUUUCUGUGUACUGUUUGCAGUAUUUCUGUGUACUGUUUGCAGUACAUCUGUGUACUGUUUGCAGUAUUUCUGUGUACUGUUAGCAGUACAUCUGUGUACUGUUUGCAGUAUUUCUGUGUACUGUUAGCAGUACAUCUGUGUACUGUUUGCAGUAUUUCUGUGUACUGUUAGCAGUACAUCUGUGUGUUUUAAGUCUCGCUGUGAUUCUUUGAUUCUUUUCUAAUGAACUGAUUCUUGUUUUAAUUCUUAUUUCUUUCUAACAUUAAAUUCUUUCUGCCGGAUGAAA